AAACUUCCCUGCACGCGGGUUCUCUGCGCAGCAGAACUCCUCCGUGCAACGAAGCUGUAUACCCACGGGGAUAAUUCUUAGUGCCGAAGCACACACACAAAAAAAUCAGACCUUUGGGUCAUGACAUAGAGGUCUAUGAUAAGGUUUUAUGUUCAAAUCCUACUGAUGAGCUACCCUUGAAGUUGUUUUAGCUACCCACAGCCAGAAAUUAUAAUUACUGACUUUGGGUUUUGGAAUAAUCCAGGAAGUAUUGCUUGCUACAAACUUUGGGAGGUAGUGUUACCUAAUGGAGAGAGCACUGGGAUUCAGGAGACACACAGGUCAACUCUGACACUGGUCUGCUAGGUGACCUUGGGCAAGUUGCUUUACCCCUCUCUGCUUCAUUUUUCUCAUCCAUGCAAUGGACAUAACGAUCCUUACCUCCUCUAUAAAAUACAAAUAAAAAGUUAUGUAGGAACUAGAUAUAUGACUACCCAAUAUCAUGCAGUGGCAGGCACAGACACCUGAGCUGAUUCUAAAGGCUCAGUCAGGCACAGUGCCAUAGUAAUAACCACUGAGACUAACAGGAUGGGAAGGACAAACCUCUCCCUUGCAAUGAAACAUGUGGCCAGCCCCAGGUGUUUUCAAUAUUAUACUAAGUAACUAUGCUAGAGCAUUCAACUAACUGGGUGUGGGAAGAAUUGAACUGUUUGAGUCUUUUUUGUUUGGGCUCUGUCUAGAUCAGUGCUGCUCAACCUUUUUUCCUGGUGGGCCAGAUGGGCAGUGCCUCGUCUGCCUGCAGAUGGGAGCUUACUGGUGGUUCCAAUAUGGCUGGUGCAGCAGGGGCCCAUCCAAUUGCAUAGAGCAGAGUGGAGGGACAACCAAGCCCCAACAGGGGGUAAAGGGUUUUGCCAUGCCCUCAACCCAGCUUUUGUCACCAUUCCUGACUCCAGUGCAGAUAUGCUCCUAAUUUAAGCCAUCUUCAGUCAGUACUGAGUACUACAAAAAAAAUGAUGAUUGAGAAAUGACACAUACAAGAGUCAAAUAGCUGUAGAAAGAGCACCUAGUGGUUUAACUGGAACACAGACAUCCUUAAACUAAGCCUAGAAGACUUCUGAAAGCAGAGAACACAAGUGAAAAGAGUACUUUUGAAUGGAAGAAGAAUGCAAAAAAAAGUUAGUUUGAGUGAUGUUGGAGAUGUGGAAAUUGUUCUCAGACCUGAGAUACAUUCAUUCAUAGGAGACUUGACUGCUUUAUAACAGUAGAUUUAAUAGAAUCAUCCUCCUUAGAGAAGAUGCAUGAACAGUGCUAAUGGUAAUUUUGGGUGGUUCCUGGAGCUCUUAACCCUUAGACUGCCCACACAUGAAGACUGAAACUGGUUUUAAGCACUCAUUAGGCGGCCACUCCAGGGCAGGAUUAUUCUGAUCCAUGCUACACCUUAGUAUAAACGCCUCGCCUGGCUCCUGCUAUUGUUGGCCCAGAUCAGGCCCCACUGCCCCCAGCACCCUGGGUUCCUGCUUGGUGUUACAUUGCCAGAAGAGUGCUUGGGAAGGGAGGUUAACUCUUCCCUUCCUGCUUCACUGGGACAAACAGCAUAGGUAGCCACAGGAAAAACAACAUUAACGCCUGAUCUGGUAAAAUAAUACUACUCUGAAGAGCUGCUUUACAAAUGCUUCUCUUGACACCCAAGCUUUCAGUCAGAGAAGAUCUCUGGUCAACCACCCUUAUGAACAGUGUUUUGUACAGGAUUCCAAGCACAGAAGUUACAUACAAUUAAGAAGGAAAUAUAUUAUGUGGAAACUAUUUGGUCUGAAGAGUACUUGAAAGGAACCAUGAAGGAACUGCUCUAUAUAAGAACAAAAGCAUGGUGACUUCUGAAAAUUACAUCACCAAAUGAGGAACCCACAAGCAAGACAUAACUUCUACUUGGCGGCACCUGACUUGCUGGAUCCCAAAGCUGCCACUCAGAACUCCAAGCCCAGGCUGUCAUUUUCUACAAAGCCUACAGUGCUCUCUUCCCGGGAGGAAAGUGAUUCAACCAUUAAUGUUAUGAAAUGGAAGACAGUAUCAACAAUUUUUCUGGUAGUAGUUGUGUAUUUAAUAAUUGGAGCUACUGUCUUUAAAGCCCUGGAGCAGCCUCAUGAAACUUCUCAGAGAACCACCAUUGUGAUUCAGAAGCAGACGUUUGUUUCGCAGCAUUCCUGUGUGAAUGUAUCUGAGCUUGAUGAACUGAUUCAGCAAGUAGUGGCAGCGAUAAACGCAGGAAUCAUACCUAUAGGAAACACAUCUAAUCAAACCAGUCAUUGGGACUUGGGAAGUUCCUUCUUCUUUGCUGGCACUGUUAUUACCACCAUAGGCUUUGGAAACAUCUCACCACGUACAGAAGGUGGAAAGAUAUUCUGUAUCAUCUAUGCCUUACUGGGAAUUCCUCUAUUUGGUUUUCUGUUGGCUGGAGUUGGAGAUCAACUGGGAACCAUAUUUGGAAAAGGAAUUGCCAAAGUUGAAGAUACAUUUGUUAAAUGGAAUGUGAGUCAGACAAAGAUUCGCAUCAUAUCAACAAUAAUAUUUAUAUUGUUUGGCUGCGUACUGUUUGUUGCUCUUCCUGCGGUUAUAUUCAAGCACAUAGAAGACUGGGACACACUAGAUGCAAUUUAUUUUGUAGUUAUCACUUUAACUACCAUUGGAUUUGGUGACUAUGUUGCAGGUGGAUCAGAUAUUGAAUACCUUGAUUUCUACAAGCCAGUGGUUUGGUUUUGGAUCCUUGUAGGACUUGCUUACUUUGCGGCUGUUCUCAGCAUGAUUGGAGACUGGCUAAGAGUCAUAUCAAAAAAGACAAAGGAAGAGGUAGGAGAGUUCAGAGCUCAUGCUGCCGAAUGGACAGCCAAUGUCACAGCAGAGUUCAAAGAAACCCGCCGACGUUUAAGUGUAGAGAUUUAUGACAAGUUUCAACGGGCUACCUCCAUCAAAAGGAAGCUCUCUGCAGAACUUGCAGUCAACCACAGUCAAGAUCUGACUCCUUGCAAGAGAACCCUGUCGGUCAACCACCUAAGUAGUGAGAAGGACAUCUUGCCAGCUCUAACAAAGACUGACAGCAUUUAUAUGAAUGGUUUGACUCCUCACUGUGCAGCAGAAGAGAUUGCUGUUAUUGAAAACAUUAAAUAGCCAUGACUUUGGAUCCCAACCUUUGGAGAAACUCUUGCUUAGACUGGCCGUAUACUUCCUUUUUUUUCCUGUCCAUGACUGAUGCUAAUAGCAUUUUAUACAUGUGCAUGAGUUCAGCAGAAACCACAAUUCAGAAUCAUCAUCAUAUCUCUUCAAAAACACAAGAUAAAUGGCACUUCUAUUGUUGAUAGAUGCUGGAACAAGCAAUGUACAAUGCCUUUUGUGCCCAGACUGUUUUUCAUUUCUCCUAAUGUGCCAUAUGGCCUACAGAAUGGAUUAUACUUGUUUAUGUUAACAAUGUAGCUUUGAGGGAUCAGUCCUUAACUUUUCAGGGUCUACCUUACUGAGCCUAGGAAUGAACCAUUUAUGGACUACAGCAUAUUUGUAAAUGGCAAGAAAUUCUUAUGCAGCCUUUUACCUAAGAAAUUUUUGUCAGUGCCUUAUCUUUUGAAAAAACACAAAACAAAAAAAUCAGAACCUCUAUAACUCGUGUAUGGUUUUUGUUUGUUUGUUUGUUUGUUUUACAUGAGCAAUGUAUUUCUUUUGAAUGUCCAUCCUGCCUGAAAUCAUAAUGUUUUCAAGGUGUCUAUAACGAAGAUACCAGCAUUGGGUAUGGAGGCCAAAACUGAAAGCAACACUCCUAGCUUUAGCUUUAAAGGCACUGAAGUUAUAAGAGUUGCAGAAAUGUCCACUGAAAGUUUUUUUACUCAGGUCCUGAUGAUAUAUUAUAACCAGGCCUGUAGAAUUUGUGGAUCUACUUCAGAUCAUAUUUUUCAAGCAGUGUUCAGCAGUUUUAUCCUGUGUAAUAGAUGUACCAAAAACAUCUUCAUUUUUAUUGAUAACUAAAUUAUUUGGUAGAUGACAAGAGCAAAUAGAUAUUAAUAUUAUGUGGAAACAUCAUACUUGGAAUUGGUGCAUUCUAAUAAUCACAUUUGUGAAAACAAUACAGAAAAUACUAUCACAUUUUUAAUAGAUAUAAAGCUGCUGCCAGAUAGCUGCUCUUUGAAAAUAUUCUAAACUUUCUCUUUAAGACAAGUCACAUCAGAUGCCAUAUUAUAUUUUACACAGUUAUCUUGCCGGAGUGCUUUUCCGAAUGUCACACUGCACAGCUGCUACCUGUGCUAGAGGUGUGACUAAUGUGGGAAUGCAUUUGAACCUGGUAUCACUGUGUCUUUGUACUUUAUAAAUACAGAUUUUUCUGAAUGCAAAUACAGACAUAAAAGAAAGCUGAUAAAUAGCACAAGCUGAAUACGGAUGAGUAUUCCACAAGGAAAGGCUGAUGAUAUGCAGAUUUGAAACCAGUCCAUAGUGUUUCUCUAUUUUCUUUAAAGGGGAAAAAACCCAUUGUCUUUAAUUCUGUAUCCUUUGCUCUUUUGUUUAUAGUUGUGUGUGAGAGUCGGAAGGAAUACAGGGCGAACAUGUGGAAUGGGACAUUUUGGGUUUUUUAAUUAUUUUUCUUAUUUUAGUCUAUUGUAACCUGGCUGUACAUAAAAUGACUAUAUCAGACCCUAAAAGAAUAAUUUAGGCUCUGUGUAAAUUAAAGAAUAAAACAAUACUUUGUUGAUUGGGCAUGAUUCAAAUGGCAAAUCUUAUAGCAUCUCUGAUCAUUAAAUAACAUACAUACAAAAUAUAAAUGUAAAUGUUUUGGAUGCUUAAGCUUGUUUUCUAAUGAAUAUAAAUUACGAGUGUAAAUAUCUAUGAAUUAGCAUUUACAGAGACUAUGCUUUUACAAGGAGGGAUGUUCUAUGAAGUAGUAUCAGGCCAUGCUCUUAUAAAAGAAAAAGAUCCCUUUCUUCCCCAGUGCAGUGUUCUGAAUGUCCACAUGGUGAGAAGCUCCUCUUGCCAUGUAUAAACUGUGAACUGUAAUGAAAAAUAAAGUUUUUAAUUAAAGUAAG